ACAUGGCGGCCGUCUGCCGGACAAAAGGAGAAUGUGUCUGACGGAGGACUGAAGCCAAUUAGAAGCAGAGGAGACAUUUUGGGAAAAGUGUCCGAGUCGGAGUGAGGCUGCGCCCCGAGGCCGGGAUUCAGGGGAGAGGCCGUCUGGAGAGGCCCGCGACCGGGACAGGCAGGAUGUUCCAGCAGGAGCCUCGCUUCACCAUCGAGCAGAUCGACCUCCUCCAGAGACUGCGGAGGACAGGCAUCACCCAGGCGGAAGUCUUCCAUGCUCUGGACACCCUGGACCACCUGGACCGGCAGCAUGGACACAAGCUGGCCCACAGGCGCUCCUACAUGCCGCCUUCGUCGUCCUCCUCUUCUGCCAACGCUCCCUCGUCCUCCAUGACCUCCGCCGCCACGCAGACUGGUUUCCCGGACGCCCGGCUGUCUCUGUCUCCCAACGCCACCUUUGACACCACCUCCCCGCCGCUGUCGGUUCCCCUGGUGUCUCCGGUGGCGCUGGCGGCCGUGGCUCAGAACGCCCUGGUGGCCGUGACCAACGGGAAGCUGUCUCCGCCUCGGUUUCCUCUGGGAGUGGUGAGCGGCGGCAUGGCUGCACCCGGGUACGGGUUCGAGGCCGGUGAAGAGGACCUGGAGGUGGACGAGAGGGUGGAGGACUUGAUGAGGAGGGACAGUGCUGUGAUCAAAGAGGAGAUCAAGUCUUUCCUGGCUAACCGGCGGAUUUCGCAGGCCGUGGUCGCUCAGGUAACAGGUAUCAGCCAGAGUCGGAUCUCCCACUGGCUGCUGCAGCAGGGUUCGGACCUCAGCGAGCAGAAGAAGCGAGCGUUCUUCCGCUGGUACCAGCUGGAGAAGUCCAGUCCCGGGGCCACUCUGGCCAUGCGUGCCGCCCCUUUGGCUCUGGAGGACGUGAUGGACUGGCAUCAAGCACCGCCCGCUUUUGGCUCGCCCCCUGGAGGCUUCCGCCUGCGGCGCGGCAGCAGGUUCACCUGGAGGAAGGAGUGUCUGGCCGUCAUGGAGAGCUUCUUCAGUGAUAACCAGUAUCCCGAUGAAGCAAAGAGAGAGGAGAUCGCCACCGCCUGUAACGCCGUCAUUCAGAAACCAGGGAAGAAGCUGUCCGAUCUGGAGCGGGUAACAUCGCUGAAGGUCUACAACUGGUUCGCCAAUCGCCGCAAGGACAUCAAGAGGCGGGCGAAUAUUGAAGCAGCCAUCUUGGAGAGCCAUGGCAUCGAGGUGGAGAGUCCUGGCGGCCAGUCCAACAGUGACGAGGUGGACGGAAACGACUUCCCCGACCAGGGCUGUGAGGCGGCUCUGUUCCACAGGAGAGCCCCAGGGAGACAGUUGGGUUUCAGCAGGGCUGAUCUGUCCUCUGAACAUCACCAUGUUCCCACUCUUCUUCCCAGCUGGUUGUCCUCCCUGGGUCGAGGUGGUCUUCCUGCUCAGAGGGGGGGCUCUCUGCUGGGCCGGUCUUUGGUUCCAGGGUUGGGUCCUGUAGCCGAAGGCGUCAGACUGAGCGGAGUGCCCUGGUCCCCCCCGUCCCCUUCCCUCCAGGACGACCCGGGUAUCCACGGCGUGCUCUCCGACCCCCAGGACCCCAUGGGGCCGGAGAAGGGGGGCGGCGGCAGCCCCCCCGCCGAGGGGGAGGCGGGGUGCAGCGUGGAGAGCGACAUCAAGACGGAGGCCCUGGAGGACGACUGAGGCGGCCGCGGGACACCAGGUGUUACUAUAUGCAAGCAGAUUUCUAGGAAUGUAAGAGGAGACAAAGACCAAAAGUCCUGUCCAGUCCCACCCCGAUACCUCCACCCUACCUCCACCCGCCCCGCCACGCCCCCGCCGUCAGCUCUGGUCACAUGCGUUCACCUUCAUUUCAGUAUCCCGAGCUGAAAGACACAUCCAGCAGCAGCCGGAGGACGAGGCGUCUCCCUCACGUCCUCCGUCCGUCUCGGCGCAGUGGGACGACACUGUGCUCGGCUUCAGGGCUCUUACACUGUGAACACAACUGAACAGCCUCAGAACACACUCCGCCUCCUCCUCCUGCCCCGCCCCCCCUGCCCCGCCCCGCCCUGCCCCGCCCACCCCGCCCUGCCCACCCCGCCUGCCCCGCCCCCCCUGCCCCACCCCCUGCCCCGCCUGCCCCGCCCCGCCCCGCCCACCCCGCCCGCAGCGUGAAAUAAGCUCCACGCACGGAGGCGGUGAAGCAUCCCGCCUCCAGACCGCAUCCUCAAACUACGUCACUACUGAACUCUGAUCGGCACUGUCCCACAUCACCGACACUCUGUCCACCCUCACAGGGGCGUCUGGCCGUCUCCAGGCGUGUGAAGCUGCCGUGUCUAUUACCGAUACGGGACGAGUCUCUCCAGGUGUGAGGAAUGGCGUGGGAUUUCCUCUUCCUCCGCCGGCGUCUUGUGGAGAUGACGUGCCUGAUUGGGACGUGUGUGUGUGUGUGUGUGUGUGUGUGUGUGUGUGUGGGUUAUCGCUGUGAGGUGUGCCAUGCCUGAUGAAGACAUUCCUCUUUCUUCUGUUCAUCUGCAGGCUGAGUGCUGAUUUGCUUUGCUCUUGGAGACGGCGGUCACGCACGUGUGUGCGUGUGUGUGUGUGCGCGUGUGUGUGUGUGCGUGCUACAGCGUGAAGCCAGUCCACAGUGCACAGCUUCAAUGAAGGUAAAACAGUAGUUUUUGUGCCGGGUUAUCAGCACCAGUGGCGUGUGUCCAAGCCUCUCCCACUUUAAUCAGCAUCCGACCGUCAGUCGGUGUUUUCCCUCAGAUUAAAAGGCCGUAAAUGGAUUUAAAAGUCCUUGAUUAAAGCGAUACUUCAACAUUUUGGCAAAUUGGCCCAUUUAGCGCAAUUCCUUAGUCAUUUCAAACAGCAUACUUACAGUUUUUGUGAGGGCGAGCUGUGAAUAUUGCUGUGUGAAAUAUGAAUGCAAAAUGACCAGAUUGAGUUGUUUAUGCGAAGAUUGCUAAGACGGAACUACUUACUGAACAUGGUGUCUGGGCGUAGUGAUUUCAAAAGAAAAAGUAGUUCCCAGUAUU